AUGGCGCACGCACAAAUUACGAAUCAACAAUCAAAAAUAAGACAAGCUCUUGAGGAAUCUAAGAAUUCCAUUUCAAGAACGUCGCGACUAAAUUUUCUACGACCGUUGUAUCGUCAUGUUUCUAUAUUUGCCUUGGAACUAUUGAUGAUGGAGCACAACCGGAUGCUAACCCUGGGCAGUUGUCUUUUAGAAAAAUGCGGUUGUGUCAUUCAAAAAACCCACGGAUUACCAUGCGCGUGUUACUGUUACUUGUCUAUCAGGUCUAAUGGUGCUUUGUACUUGGACGAUAUACAUCCGUUUUGGAAAACGUUAAAGUAUUUAGAUGCAGAAGAAGACGCCAACGAAGAAGUACGGCACGCAAACGCCGAUGAUAAAGAGUACUUUCAAUCGUUGGUGGAUGAAGUUUUAAAAUCCGACCCCUCAGUACUACGACGCGUCUCUCAGGUACUUGAACAUGAGCUGCACCCCGAUGGUGACGACAUACCUGAGCCCGAAGCAAGUCCACCGAGGAAAGGAAGACCAAUGACAAGCAGAACCUUGAGGAGAAACAAAAGUGCGUUUGAGUACAGUAGAUCGUCCUCAAGGGGUCGCGGAUAAAGAUCAUCAUCACGCGGGAGAUCCAGUGGUAGAUCAAGCAGCCGGUCGCAUCAAUCGUCAGUUGGAAUUAACUUCAGUUUCAACUUAUCAGAUGGUGCAGCAGGUCGUGAUUUUUCACUUUUUCCGUGGCCAGAUCACAUUCCAUUUAUUCUUCCGCCAUAUCUGUUUGAUUGGAUUGAUGUUAUAGGUGACGGUAAUUGUGGAUUUAGAGCUAUUGCCGCCACAGAGUUAGGGGGUGAGGAAGCAUGGCCUCUGUUACGACGUGCAAUGAGUUUGGAAAUGGAAACGCAUAGAGAACAAUAUGCACGCUUAUAUUUAUCAGCAGAUUCGGUGGAGGAAGCUAUAUUCAGAGUUGGUGCCCACAAUAAAGGACCUGCUCCGUACGAUCACUGGUUGGAAGCGACAACACUGUAUUCUGCAGCAACAUUUUUAAACAUAGCAAUUGCGUAUUAUGGCUCUGCGGAUGGUCAUCCAAUGUACAAUUGUUUAGUGCUUCUUUUAAGAAGAACAGGGGGAAUGCAUGGCGUAAAUAAACUUAUACAUAUUCUUUGGGUAAACGGGAAUCAUUAUGUUCAGCUUUUAAUGAACGAUGAUUCAUCUCCACUGCCGCCAGUCCAACAAAAUUGGAGAGCAGCUAACAAUUCAUGUGCAGAUUUAGAAAGACAAUAUCGUAAUAGGAUAUCACUUUGGAGUAGAAUGUGCAACAUACAACGACAACAGCAUAAUAACACCGCCGGAGACGCGGUGAAUUUAGAUUCUCCAUAGUGUUUAUAUAUAAUUCAAUUGUUCAAACGAUUAAAAAGUUGUUCAUACAUAAAGAUUAAAUACAACAAUUGUUCAUGCAUUACA